AUGCACUUUGGCUCCUCUUCAUCAUCCUCCUUCCUUGAUGACCCGACUACGACUGCACUGCUGGCGUCGCUACGAAACGACGAGAUCGUGUUGGCGAACUCAGUGACAGAGAGAGCCGAUGAAGGAAGCAUCUUGUUCCACAAGACUGGAUCUUCUGCCAUCACCAUGGACAACUUCCAGACAAGCGUUUCGAUGUCAUCCUUCGCUCGCUCCCCCUUGCAUUCCCUCUACGAUUCAUUGCACAACAUCUACAAGCCGCUCAUGUUGCGACAAACAGAGAAGCUUGACGACAAGACCAUGGACCUGCUGCAGAACUUGGAAGCAGCUCUGGAGUUCAUGGUGAAAGGCCAUCGAGCAUUUAGCAGCAACCUGGAGGAUUGUGUGGGGAUCCUUUCUUUGGAGGAUGAGGUCAACUUCUGGCACGAACAGAGCAUGAGAGACCCUUCUGCGUAUGGUGACUUACACGGGCAAAUGAGAGAUCUCAACUCGAUAUUUGAGAAUGUGAACGAUGAAACCUUCGAGUCCAUCGAAUCCGAAAUCAUGGAGAAUGUAAAAGAUGCUGUCGACAACAUCUGGAAAGAGAAGAUUCCGGAGAGGAGGAUGAGGCACUUGUUUGGUUUGGUGGGGGACAAGCUCAUGCACCUGAUACGCAAGAAGGUCGACUCGUCUGAUAUCUGGAACAUUCCAUUCCAACAAGCAGAAUCACACUUGAAUGCUGCGAACAGCGCUUGUAAGCGAUGGCUGGCCGUCACCAAGGAGAUGACUGGGGUGAUGUGGGUCAUGAAAGGGCAGCAGCCGCUCUGGCAAGACAAGGCCUACGUUGACGAGAGGUUCUUGGCGAUCAGCAUGAGACUGGAGAAGAUCUUGGAGCUUCGCACCUCACACGAGGCUCUCAGGACCCUCUUGAGUGAGGACGAGCAGCGAGGCUUGAAACUUGACAACUCUCUGAAGAAGUUGGCUGACGUUCAUCCCCUCAGUGUCAGCUCGUACUCGACUGCAGCCUGGACUGCUGCUGUGUCUGAGUAUUCUGCGAUCAUCGAGCCAGCAAGCUUGAAGGUGUCAGAGAAACUAAGGGACAUGAUAGCUUCUAAGAUCAUCCCGAACUUGAAAGAAGCCGUGGAGGAACUGAAAGACGUUCGCAAGAAAAAGACGAGCUCAUCGAGCGCUCUUGCGAAACCUUACCAAGUUCUCAAAGAAUUCGACAAGUACAAGGAUCUGAUACGCAAGCCAGCGCUGUUGGCGAGUUCCAAGGCUGAGAGGAGACGACUGUUCGAGUACGUGAAACAAUACUUGUUGAACCUCAGGGAGUACGCAAUGCAACAGACAGACGAUUCUGAUGCAAAGUUGUAUGAGCUGACAAAGAGCAAAAAUUGCAGCACAACUGUGAACAACGUGGUGUUGUACUCGCAGUUGAUCCACAAGGUGCAGAUGAUCAAGGGUCUGGCCACCCCGAUUUUUGUCGACAUUUCGGAGGAGACAGAGAGGGAGGAACAUCUGGACUUUGUCUGUGAUAACAUCUUCAGAGAGCUUGAGGAGAAGAAGAUGAAUGAGUUCACAACAUGGAGGGACGACAUGAAGGCAGCCCUGAGAGACUCUGAGCAAGAGGUGGCGAUCGACAUGAAGGGGAAGCUGAUGUCGUUUGACAAGGCAGAUGGAAGGCUGAGGGUCCAUUACAGUGAGAAGCUUGUCGAACUCAUCCGAGAGGCAAGGCAGCUGUGUGCCAUCGGGCAUCCGAUACCGAAGGAGAUCGAUGAGGAAGUUGAGAAGGCACAGAAAAUCUACAACAACGCAACCAUCCUCAAGCAGGUUGCUGCCUUCUACAACACUCUGGAGAGCCACAUCAUCAAGAGCCAGAAGCCGAUGUUGAUCAACGAGGCAGUCGACUUUGAGAGAGUGGUUAAGGGCGACGGAAGGUCCAUCACAUGGGGAGACACCAACAUGCUCGCGCAGUACACCGAAGAGCUUCAGACCGCCAUGAGGCGGUUCACAAACAAGAACAGGAGGCUGCGGAAGGCUCACGAGCAGAUCGCUGAGAUCGUGGUGAAGCUGAUGGAGACAGACCUCGUGAGGCAGCGGGACAAGUGGAAGUACGGGCUGCAAGAGAUCAAGAAGAUAGUGCAGGAGGUGGCACAGGAGGGGUUUGACAACCUCAAGGCAUGGUACGUCCACUGGGACUACCAGCUCUACAAGGCGCUGGAGUUCCAGUACAAGGUCGGGCUCGAGAGCUGCCAUGAAACUCUCCCGCAGAUCGAAGUGACGUUGUACUUCAAAGACAAGAAGCUGACCUUCGACCCGCCGUUCGAAGACAUCAGGCAACGAUACUACAAGGACCUAAUGCGGUUCAUCAACAUCCCCCUCAAGUUCAAGGGGGUCGGGGAGACCGACAUCUUCAAGAAUAUCACCGAGUGCAACCCCAAGGGUCUUCAGGUUGUCUUCCAGCAAGCUGAGAAGUUGUUCAAGAAGCUGCUCGACGCUGUUGACAAGUACUCCAACUGGGUGGCUCUUGGCACGGUGGAUCUGGACGAGCUGGUCGAGGAGAAGGUGAAGGAGGUGGAAGACUGGGACUCCAACUUCCGGGUCCUCAAGACGAGGACGAGGGAUGCGGAGAAGCUUGAUGCAACGGUGAAGGUAGACUGCAUCACUGUAGACACGACCCCCCUCAAGCAAACGAUAGAGAAGCAGCUCAAGGACUUCAACGACGCGCUCGUCAGAAGUUUGAAGAAGUCGGCAGAGGCUGACAUGGAGCAGGUGCAUGAGUACACCAGGACCUCGCUAGAGGCGCUCGCCUCGAUGCCUCAGAGUGUAGACGAGAUCGCAGAGGCCACAGGGAAGUGGAAGGCGGUCAACGAAGGUUUCAGUGGGUUUUCUGAGAGGAAGCUGAAGAUGGAGGAGAAGAGCAGGUUGAUCAAGCUGCAGGGAGGAAGCUCGAUCGACUUCUCUGAGCUUCAUAGGGACUGGGACGAACUUGAGCUCAGGCUCAGUGCGCACGCCAAGAACGUGGAGGAGCAGAAGGAGAAGUUGCGGUCGCUGAUCGAGCAGCAGAUCAAGAGCUUCCGCGAGUCCAUCACCAAGUUCAGCGGGAGGUGGAGGGGGAUGAAGCCGCACGGGGACGAACUGAAGGACCGAGAGUCGGCAGAGAAGGCGAUAGAGAUAGUGAAGGACCUCGACACCGAGUACUCGUUGCUGGCAGAUACUGCUGUUAAGAUCAAGCAGGACUGCACUCAGUUCGAGAUGUCCGAGCCCUCCUUCCCCGAGCUGGAGGAGCUGCAGGAGGACGUCCAGCAGACCCUCUCCUCAUGGAGGCUCUACGAUGAGUACACUAAGGAGAUCGGAGACAUUGAGAAUGAGGCCUGGCUGGAGAUCAGAGAUCGUCUCUACGUGCUCGACGACUUCCUGGCCAAGUGGGCUGACAAGGUCAAGGGCAAGGACAUCGACCCGGUGGUUCGUUACCUGCUGUCGGAGAUCGAGAGGCUAAGGAAGAACGUCCCCUACCUCAAGUUCGUCAAGGGUGACGCGUUCACUCAAGAGCACUGGUUCUCUCUGUUCCGCCUCCUCGAGUUCCCCAAGGGGGUCGACCGGUCGAACCUCAAGCUCCGCUACUUCCUCGACUCGAGCGACCUUGUGGUGAGCAAGAUGAACGAGAUCAAGGACCUGCAGGCCCGGGCGACGGCGGAGCUGAGCAUACAGGAGGCGUUCGACGAGCUGCUGAAGUGGGGAGAGGAGACGGAGUUCACUUUGAUCGAGCACAAGGACUGCAGCGGGAGGACGAUCAACCUGAUCAAGGAAUGGAAGGAGGUACAGACACAGGUGGGAGAUCACCAGUCUGUCCUCCAGGCCAUGAAAGACUCCCCUUACUUCGGCAAGUUCGCCGUCCAGGCUGAGGACUGGGACAGAAAGCUGUCGACGUUGGGGAUAGGCCUGAGCGACCUCAACACCAUACAGAGGAAGUGGCUGUACCUCGAGCCCAUCUUUGGGCGAGGAGCGCUGCCUCAUGAGCAGCAGAGGUUCAAGAGGGUGGACGAGGACUACCGAGACAUCAUGGUGGACAUCGUGAGCAACCGGCGGGUGGUGUCGUUUGCCGAGAUCUCAGGGAUCCUGGAGAAGCUGCCGGGGAUGAUCAACCAGCUGGAGCGAUGCCAGAAGGCUCUGAGUGACUUCCUGGAGGAGAAACGCUCCAAGUUCCCUCGCUUCUACUUCAUCGGGGACGACGACCUGCUCGAGAUCCUCGGCCAGUCCAAGAACCCGACGGUCAUCCAGGCCCACCUCAAGAAACUCUUCCAGGCGAUCUUCGCCGUGGACUUCUCCGAGGACCAGAAGCACAUCGUCUCCUUCAGGAGCCUCGAGGGCGAGACCGUCGCUCUGCUGAACCCGAUCGAGAUCACCGACGUGGUGGAACAGUGGCUGUCUGACUUGUCGACCGACAUGGUCCUCACCCUCAGCUCCUCGCUCUCCGAAUGCAUGUCCACGAUCGACUUCGGCGUCUUCCCCUCCAUGAUCCUCUGCGCAGUUGAGCAGAUCUGUUUCUGUGCCGACGUGGAAGCUUCGUUCUCCAAGGGCGGGUUGCAUGGAAUAGAGAGUGCGCUUAGGGAGAAGUUAGCUCAGUACACAGGUUUUGCCGCGACCUCUGACCCUGUGGUCACCCUGAAGUUCAAGUCGACGAUCCUCGACCUGAUCCACGACCUCGACGUCCUCAGCCAGCUGAAGAAGGAAGGAGUGGUAUCUGCCGACUCCUGGCACUGGCAGAAGCAGCUUCGCUUCUAUCUCGAGGACAACAAGUGUGUGGUGCGCAUGUGCGACACUCAGAACUCCUACACCUACGAGUACCAGGGCAACGACCCGAAGCUCGUCCACACGCCCCUCACCGACAAGUGCUUCCUCACCCUCACUCAGGCCCUCCACCUCGGGUACGGCGGGAACCCCUAUGGGCCAGCAGGAACAGGCAAGACAGAGUCCGUGAAGGCGCUGGGGCAGGCGCUUGCGCGGCAGGUGCUGGUGUUCAACUGCGACGAGGGGAUAGACUUCAAGUCCAUGGGCAGGAUCUUCACAGGGCUCGUCAAGUGCGGCGCCUGGGGCUGCUUCGAUGAGUUCAACAGGCUCGAGCCCGAGGUUCUUUCAGCUGUCUCCCAGCAGAUCCAGACGAUCCAGGGCGCGCUGAAGGAGAAGCGACCGAAGCUCAACCUGCUUGGCACGGAGAUCGACGUGAACCCGGACUCUGGCAUCUUCGUCACCCUCAACCCAGCUGGGAAGGGAUACGGAGGCCGCUCGGAGCUCCCCGACAACCUGAAGCAGCUCUUCCGCUCUGUUGCCAUGUCGGCCCCCGACAACGCGCUCAUCGCCGAGGUCAUCCUGUACGCUGAGGGCUACCGUCACGCCAACGUCAUCGGGGCGAAGGUGGUGGAACUGUUCACCCUUUCCAGGCAGCUCCUCAGCCGCCAGCAGCACUACGACUGGGGGCUGCGAGCUCUCAAGACGAUCCUCCUCAUCAGCGGGAAGCUGUUUGCGCUGGAGAGGAGGACGAAGGAGAGUAUCAGUCAGAAGGAAGAGACGGAGCUGCUGAUCAAGGCGGUGAGGCUGAACACCCUCGCCAAGUUGACCUUCGAGGAUACCAAGAAGUUUGAGGACCUGAUCCUUGACAUCUUCCCCGGCAUCAUCGUCUCCGACGCUGUCUACAAGGACCUGGAGGAGGCGAUCGAGGCAAGUCUGGCGGAGAUGAAACUAGACCUCCUGCCGUCACAGAUGAAGAAGGUCGUUCAGCUCAACGAGAACCUCAGUCAGAGGAUGGGAUGCGUCAUCGUCGGGCCCAGCGGGAGCGGAAAGUCGACCCUCCUCCGCAUCCUCCGCUCGGCCCUGGCCAAGUUGAAGCAGGAGGUGGUGAUCCACACCAUGAACCCCAAGGCCAUGCCGAGGCAGCAGCUGCUGGGGCACAUGGACCUCGACACGCGCGAGUGGUUCGAUGGAGUCCUGACGGCGAGCGCGAGGCAGGUGGUGAAGGAGCCGCCGGAGGUCCGGAGCUGGAUCAUCUGUGAUGGCGACAUUGACCCCGAGUGGGUGGAGUCGCUCAACUCAGUGCUGGACGACAACAGGCUGCUGACGAUGCCGAGUGGGGAGAGGAUCCGGUUCGGGCCCAACGUCAACUUCAUUUUCGAGACCAACGACCUCCGCUUCGCCUCCCCAGCCACAGUCAGCAGGAUGGGGAUGAUUUUCCUCUCCGAGAAAGACAUGCAGAUCAGCUGCCUUGUCAAGGCCUGGGUAGACCGGCAGCCCGAGGCCUCGCGGCCCAACUUGACCGCCUGGCUCGAUCAGUCCUUCUACAAGGGACUUGACUGGGUCCUACUGCAGCCGCCCAGCAUGUUUGUUGUGCAGACAACCAAGGUGGGGAUAGCGCUGAAUGCUCUGUCGUCCUUGGUAGGAGUCGAGCUACGAGAGCAGUUCGCCUGCGCGCUGUCUCGCGGGCUCGGAAGCAUCUUGGUGACGAGCGCGCGGCAGAACCUGGCCAAGGAGAUCUUUGAGAGUCUGAAUGAGCGGCCGAUCAGCACGGACAGACCGCUGGACACUUACUUCGACCUGGAGGCGAAGAGCUACGCGGAGUAUGCCGCGAGGACGGACUCAGAGCUCUCAGCCAAGGAUCUGAUCAUGUCCUCUCCGACCGAACGGGAUCUGCCGGUUGUUCUCACCAAGGACCUUCUAAGGACGAGCGACGUUUUUGCUCCGUGGAUGCAGAAUUUCGAGCCUUUCCUGCUGGUGGGGCCGGAGGGCUGCGGGAAGAGCACCAUGCUUCGGGCUCACUUCCAGAAGUUCCGCAACGUUGAAGUUGCUGUCCUCAACUGCAAUGCACAGACGUCGGCGAUCCACGUGAUCCAGAAACUGCAGCACUCCUGCACCGUCAACACUUCGCAGUCAGGAAGGGUGUACCGCCCCAAGGCAGAGAGGCUGAUCCUCUACCUCAAGGAUAUCAACCUCCCCAAGCCUGACAAGUACGACACGAUCCAGCUGAUCUCCUUCCUCCAACAGAUCAUUCUCUACCAAGGGUUCUACGAUGGGCUAGAGUGGAUGGGGAUCGAAAGAGUCCAGCUGGUUUGCUCCAUGAACCCUUCAACUACCAUCGGACGGCACAACCUCACCACUCGCUUCACCGCCAUCCUGCGUGUCGCCGCCGUCUCGUACCCGGAGAACGACCAGCUGCAGCUGGUCUACUCGUCCUACCUCAGAGCCAUCUUCUCCUCUUACAUCCCCAAACAUCCCACGUGGUCGGACAAGAAGAGUGUGGAGAGGCUGGCCGGCACCCUGAUCCAGUUCUACGAGAGGCUCAAGACCACGUUUGUGGUGGACGAGCACAGGCACUAUCUCUUCACCCCUCGUGACGUCACUGCCCUCGUCAUCGGGCUGAUGAGGUACGAGAUCACAACGCACGAGGUGCUGGAUGUCCUUGCGUACGAGGCGCAGAGGAUCUUCAGGGACCGACUGGUAGGAGAGGAUGCGAUGAGAUCCUUCGACUCGUCUGUUCUGGGCGACAUCCUGAGGACGGAGUGGAACCACAAGGUCGACCUGAAGAACACGUUCUUCACCACCUGGCUGUACGCAGGCGAGAAGAACGAGAACUUCCAAAUGCUGGGAAGGAGCGGUGGCGAGGACCUGGAGGCAGUGAUCCAGCAGGGUAUCACUCUCUACGAGCGAGAAUUCAAGGAGCUCGACAUCGUCCUCUUCCCCGAGGUCGUGGAGCGCAUCGCUCGGCUGGACCGCAUCCUGUCCCAGCCUGGAGGCUCGGGCCUGCUCAUCGGCAGGCCCGGGGUGGGGCGACGCACUUGCCUCAGCAUCGCCUGCUACCUGCACAAGAUGGAGAUCUUCAUCCCCAAGAUAGGACGGGGCUACGACAUGAAGCAGUUUAUCAACGACCUCAAGGUCUGCGUGCAGGUCACGGGGGUGCAAGGGACCCCCUACGCGCUGUUCCUCGAGGACUACCAGCUGGUCGACAGCUCGCUCCUUCAGGUCAUCAACGGACUCCUCAGCUCCGGGGAGGUGCCGGGCAUGUUCACCUCGCAGGAGCUCGACGCCAUGACCGCGCCUCUGCAGGAGGAGUUUCGCAGCCAGGGAUACAAGUACAGGAACCUCUACUCCUUCUUCGUCAGCAGGGUGCAGAAGAACCUCCACAUUUUCCUUAGCCUCGACCCUCUGCACCCGGACUUCCUCCUCCGUUGCGAGAGCAACCCUGCCCUCUACACCCGCUGCACCAUCCUGUGGCUCGAGACUUGGUCCAAGCACGGGAUGAGCCGCGUCCCUAAGCAUUUCCUUCAGGAUACGUUGGAGCAGAUGGACAGCGCGGAUGCCAUGAUUGACAACAUGCAGUUCCUGCACUGGAGCGUGACCAGCCUGCCGGUGUGCCCGAGGGACUACGUGACGCUGCUGCACACCAUCAAGAAGCUCUACGAGGUGAAGCGAGGAGAGCUCGAGCGGCAGACCUCGUUCUUGAAGGGAGGGCUGAACAGGUUGGAGGAGACGUGGGAUGUUGUAGAGACGCUGUCGAAGAACGCGUCGGACCAGGAGCUGCAGAUCAAGGAGAAGGACGCGCAGGCGAAGCAGAAGAUGUCGGAGAUCAAGCUCAACAUGCAGGAGGCGACGCAGAAGCGGAGCGAGGCCGAGGAGCUGAGCCAGAAGCUCAAGGUGUCGGAGGCCGAGAUGCAGGAGAAGAGAGCCAAGGUCGAGUCCGAACUGGCCGAGUGCCAGCCCGUCCUGGAAGCAGCGAAGCUGGCAGUGGGAAACAUCAAGAAAGACAACUUGAAUGAGAUCCGAUCCUUCAAACUCCCGCCCGAGUCCAUCAGAGACGUGCUGGAGGGCGUGCUGAGGCUGAUGAACAACCAGGACACGUCGUGGGUUAGCAUCAAGAGGUUCAUCUCUCAACCGUCAGUCAUCCAAGAGAUCCUCAACUUUGACGCGCGGCAGAUCACCAGGGACGUGAGGGAGUCAGUCCUCGAGCUCCUCCACCAGAAGGCUGCCUCCUUCCGCUCUGAGAACAUCCAGCGCGUCAGUUUGGCUGCGGCUCCCCUCGCCUCCUGGGUGAAGGCGCAAGUGCAGUACUCCGCUGCUCUAGAGCAUGUCAAGCCGCUAGAGGAUCAGCUGCAGAAGCUGGACAAGUCGCUCGAGUCCUCCAGGCAGAGGAAGAACGAGUGCGACGUGGAGAUCAGAAAGGCCGACGAGACGGCGAGCAGGCUGAGCUCGGAGUACGAGACGCUGACGAAGGAGGCGGCGGAGUUGAGCGUUGAGUACAAGAAGGUGAAGGAGAGGCUGGACGCUGCUGAGAACCUGCUGGGGAAGCUCAAGGACGAGAACGACCGUUGGAAGCUGCAGAUGCAGGACCUCAACGACCAGAUGGGCCGGCUGCCGCUCAGCGUGCUGCUAGCCUCCGCCUUCAUCACCUACCUCGGGGGCAUGCCGGAGGACAUGCGGUCGCGCUACUUGCUCGAGUGGUGCCAGAGGAUGGAGCUGAGGGACUUUCGCUUCAUCGACAAGAUGAGCACGGAGACUGAGCGACUCAAGUGGAAGUCCCAGGGCCUCCCGGGCGACGACCUGUCGACAGAGAACGCCAUCGUCAUCCAGAACUGUCAGCUCUACCCCCUCAUCGUCGACCCCUCCACUCAGGCGGCAAAGUGGCUGAGGACGAUGCUGGAGACCUCCGGGCUUCCUCUGGAGACCACGACCCAGCAGGACCCAAAGUUCCUGCAGAAGCUCGAGCUGUCUGUCCGCUUCGGGAGGGUUUUUGUGAUGGAGGAGGUUGACAAGCUGGAGCCCUUCAUGUUCGCGCUGCUGAGGAAGGACCUGGUUCGGCAGGGCCCUCGUUGGAUGAUCCAGAUAGGAGAGAAGCUCAUCGACUUCAACGAGAACUUCAAGUUCUUCAUGAUCACCCGGAACCCCUCCAUCGAGGUCCCUCCUGACGGCAGGCCGCUUAUCACCGACGUCAACUUCAGCAUCACCAAGUCGGGGCUGGAAAGCCAGCUCCUGGCCCUCACCAUUCAGCACGAGAAGCCGAAGCUCGAGGUGGAGAAGAGCGAGCUGCUGCAGAAGGAGGAGGAGCUGAAGAUGUCUCUCUCCGAGCUCGAGAAGCAGCUCCUGCAGCAGCUGGCGGAGUCGCAGGGCAACGUGCUGGAGAACAAGGAGCUGAUCCAGAAGCUCACUGACAUCAAGAACUCCAGCAUUGAGAUCAAGGAUGCGUUGAGGAACUCAGCUGAACUCCAGCUGAAGCUCGACGACGAGCGCGAGGUCUACAGGCCCUUCGCAAGGACGGCGUCAGGGACCUUCUUCCUCAUUCAGGCACUCAAAAGCCUCAACUACAUGUACCAGUUCGACCUCCCUACCUACAUCUUCCAGUUCCAGAACACCCUGAAGAACAGCUCCUCAGCUAACGAGGUGGAGGACCGCCUCCGCAUCCUCGUCUCCACCCUCAAGCGCAACCUCUUCUACUUCGUCGGCCGCUCGCUCUUCAAGGACGACCGCCUCACGUUCGGCAUGCAUCUCGUCCAUGGCAUGAACCCCGAGAUGUUCGCCGACAUGGAGUGGGACUUCUUCGUCGGUCUGACCGUCUCUGACACCAGCUCCUCCGGCUUCAACCCCCCGGAAUGGCUACCUGCUGACCGCGCUCCCUCCCUCCUGCGCCUCGCCGCUACCCUGCCGUCCCUCGUGUCCAGCUUGAACCUUCAGGACAGCAAGUCCUGGCUCGACUGGUUCAACUCGGUGAAGCCGGAGGUGCCCAAGGAGUUCCCGAGCCAAGCGGCCGGUCUGCGCGCGUUCAAGAGGAUGCUCAUCCUCCAGGCCCUCCGGCCCGAUCGCCUCCAGAGCGCCAUGGAGUUGUUCGUGGGAGAAAAUCUGGGGGUGCAGAGCUCCAACAUUGGCUCGCUGGACCUCCGGCAGCUGUCGCAGGAGACGUCGGAGAGGACGCCGAUCAUGUUCAUCGUCACGCCGGGCUCGGACCCCUCGGCCAUCCUGGAGCAGGAGGCUGAUCAGAUCCUCGGGCCAGGGAACUACAGGCAGAUCGCCAUGGGGCAGGGGCAGGCGGAGAACGCGAUCAGGAUGCUGAACGAGGCCGCGAACGAGGGGACCUGGCUGUGCUUGCAGAACGUUCACCUGGUCGUCUCGUGGCUGCCGGUGGUCGAGAAAAUCCUCCAUUCCAUCCAACCCCAGAGCUCCUUCCGCCUCUGGAUGACAACAGAACCCCACCCAAGGUUCCCGCCGAUCCUCUUGCAGCAGUCGGUCAAGGUGACGUUCGAGGCUCCUCCUGGCCUCAAGCGCAACCUGCUCAACGCGUACUCGCUGUGGACUCCAGAGUUCGUGUCGAAGAUGAACCAGGGGAGGAGCCAGCUCCUCUUCGUCCUUGCCUGGUUCCAUGCCAUCGUGCAGGAGCGCAGGACGUACCUCCCUCAGGGCUGGACCAAGUUCCACGAGUUCAGCUACGCAGAUCUGAGGAGCACGGCUGAGAUCAUCUCGACCACCUUCACUUCGGGUCUGAGAAACGUCAGCUCCCUCGUCCCAUCUGACCGCUUCCUCCCCGCAGACAACCCGAAGUGGGAGACCCUCCAUGGUCUGCUGGACAACGCGAUCUACGGGGGGAGGAUUGACAACAUCUACGAUCAGCGCAUCCUCCGAGCUUGUCUCAAAAUGUACUUCCGCUCCGACAACAUUCACAUCGGAGGGUCGCAGGCAAGGCCUCUGCCCAACACCAAGGGCAUCCUAGUACCCAACAGCACGUCUCACUCUGACUUUCUCAGCGUCAUCAAGCAGCUGCCGGAAGUGGAUGCACCUUCGCUCCUGGGCCUGCCCCCCAACAUCGAGAGGGUGCUGCAGCAAACCAACAGCGCUAAGAUCGCCAACCAGCUCAAGACGAUGGAGACAGCAGACGUCAAGCUCGCUGGCUGGGAUCGCGAGCGGAUGUCGGCGCAGCUGAAGCCUGUCAUCAGCCUCUGGCAGAACCUUGUCAACAAUCCAAAGGUGCUCAAGGCGCCCAAGGGAAGCGAUGACGCGUCUCUUCCUGUCGACAGCUUCAUCGUCAUGGAGGCCCAGGACGCGCACAAGUUGGUCCGCCUGGUCCACGUCACGAUCGAGGCCGUCAGCCGAGUCCUCAAGGGCGUCGACCUCCUCACCACCUCCGUCCAGUCCGCGGCCACGUGCUUGGCGAGCGGGACAGUCUUGGACGAGUGGUCAGACCAGUGGGAGGGUCCAGAGACGCUAGCGCUGUGGCUGGAGGCGGUGGUGAAGAAGAAGUUGGCGAUAGACUCUUGGCUGGAACUCCAGAAGUCCGGCAACUCCCUCUCGGCCCCCAUCUCACCCUCGUGGCUCCUCAACCCUCAGAUCUUCCUCAACGCCCUCCGGCAGCAGACGGCAAGGAUGACGAAGGUGGCUGUUGACGAGCUCACCUUGGCGUGUGUCUGGGGGGAGGGCUCCAGGAGCCAGCUCGGUUCCGUGACGUGCGUCCUGCAAGGCCUCGUGCUGCAGGGCGCGCUCUUCUCCGGCGGGUACUUGGCAGAGGCGAAGUUCGACACUCCCUCCGUCGUCCCCCUCCCCUCCUGCACCAUCGCCUUCAUCCCCUCGCGGGAGGACGAUUCCUCGAGCACGUCCAUGGUUGAGCUGCCGGUGUACGAGCGAACGGAUCGAUCGAAGUUCCUGAUGCGACUGAGGAUGUCGUGCAAGGUGAAUGAGCAGGAUCGAUGGAUUCUGUGUGGAGCUGCAAUCUUCAUCUCUGCAGACUAGAGCUGUGAAGGCAGCGGGCUUGCUCGCA